CAAGCGACCUCCUACUUGAACUUGCGCUCCAGGUGGGCGAAGAGACAGGGAAGGAAGGGAAGAGGGAGCGCGGCGAACGCCCCCUGGCCCGGCGCACGCGAAGCGUCCCCGGCCAACAACGGCGGCGACAACAUACGCGCUCCUACGCGCUUCGCUGGCCGAGCGCGCGCUUCUGUCGCUGAGCGUCAGACGGGUGCGCCGGUCGGCGCGCGCUGCCAAAGUUUUCUCGCCGCUGCAGGACGCUCGUCGGUGGGCCGUCAGUGCGAGCGGCGCGUGGCCGGCGACCGCGCUUCGCUCACAAGCUGGGGCCCGUUUUGACCGCCGAGACCGGAGCAGCGCGGUGGAGCCUUGGACGAAAGAAAUGUAUCCCAUCCUUUCCUUCAUCGUGCUUUACGUCCUCGCAACGAAUAGGGCAGCCCACGGCCUGGACUGCUUCAAGUGCGUGUCGCUGGAUCGUGAGAACCCGGCGUGCGAGGACCCCUUUCACAACAACUACACGGCCGACCUGCUCGAGUCGCCCUGCAUGUCGUCGCGAAAGAAUCGCAACGGGCUCUUCCCCGCCACCGCCUGCAUCAAGCUCAACGGCGUCUACGAGGAGACGGGUCAGACAAUGGUGGUGCGCAGCUGCGCCCUCGACAGCGGGACGCUGACCGUGGACACGGAGAUCGUGCGCAUGAGUCACUGCGGUGGCUUCUACUUCGAGGACCGCUACGUGCGGGGCUGCCUGCAGAGCUGCUUCGAGGACGCUUGCAACGCGGCCGGUGGCGGCCCUCACAGGCGCCCACUUCUCACGCUGGCCGCGCUUUUCCUCGCCUCAGCCGCCACGCUCGGGUUGGCCCGCUGAUGAGACGCCUGUGCGAAGGCCGCUGCCAAGGACUUGUUGUUGGUCGUCGGCUACAGGCCUGCAUGCAUGUGUGCGCGCGUGCGUGUGUGUACGCAAUUCAGCGUCGUGUGGGGGACUCCCGUGUGUGGAAGGAACCAGAAAAUAAGAUCGGUGUGCUCUCCUUGUAGACGCAUCCGUGCAUCCUAUAAAGUGCGCGUGAAGAUGAGUGGUCCCGAGUGCCGUUGGUGGUUGACAUUUACGUUAUUUUUUUUUCUUGUUGCACGCGGGUCAGCCGCCUACUGUAUCGUCGCCUGUACUGUAUACCGCUUUGUCUGCUGUUGCGAGAAAACAGGAGCGAGGGGAAGGACAGGGAAGUCGUAAACAUGAGAGUAUUUGGUUCGCUAACCUGUGCUGGGGGAGGGGAAACGAGGUAAAAAGAGCAUGAAAUAUGGAGAUGGUAAAUGUUGAAGGCCCGUGCAAUGUAUAUACUAUUUGGGUGGUUGCUGCGCUGCUGUCCAUCGCCCUGUGUCCUGUGUCAAGGCUAGCGCUCCAUCGAGACCUUCUGAACCUUGACGGCUAAGCGCAGCCAAUCGACCGGCUAUUUAGCUGAGCCGGAGUCACUGAGCAGCAUCUUGUCAUCAGAGCGCACUGUGAUGUCCGAUAGGAGCCACAUCCGCCGCAUUUUCUCUGUGUUCGAUGAAAAUUGUUUUAAAUAAAUAAAAAAAGAAAAUUAAAAUUAACCGCAAAAGCAAACAUUAAGCCCACGACUUACGUUAUAACCAGUGAUUAAUAAUACGGUAUUUACGGCUAUUCUGCUUUACGCCUAUUCGCAUUACCAUUGCAUAAGGUCCGUAUACAAGCAGAAGCGCCGCAUUCUCAAACCAAACAAAACGUCCCAGCGUCACUUGAGUCCUCCCGUGAAGGCAGUGCGCCCACGUUUAUAAAUAUGAGCUGUGCCUAUAGCUGUAACAAAUGCUCUAUAAACUAGAAAGCGCAAAUUAAACCAAAUAAUGUACAGGGGGCAGCAAAAGUUUAGAGACCUUACGGAGCCGUAAAACAUAAAAUCGCGGCAAAUAACUUAGGAGCUCCACUUGUAUCGUUAAAAGCGAGCAAGAAAAAAUGUGAUCCCCUUGACUGAAACGCAAGUCCUUAGCUGUUUUACGCAGGCGUUCAUGGAGGCCUGAAGGAAGACCUUAGGAAUUGCAAGUCGAAUACUAUGGAGCAGAGCUCAAAUUAGUUUUAAGUAUUGCGGCCCUCUUUACCCAAAUGACCUUACGUGAUGGUACCGUCAUAAUUAAUUCAAGGCGAUUUUAGAGGCAACCGUACAACAGAGACAACUGAAGUUGUGCUGUGCGGGUGCUCUCUGCGGGCGCUCUUCUAUGUCAAAGCCAUAUACAUGAUCCAGUAAAAAAGCACAACCUCGCUGGUAGCCGUAUUUGUUACUUAUUGCAACGUUGUCAUCCAUGGACAUUUCCUCCUUGUGAUCGACUAGAGACAGGACUGUACUGACUGCGACAAGUCAAGGGCCUGUAAACGAAGCCAGUCAGCUGAGCCUGCCGCUGUUAAAGAUAUGGGCCGGUAUUCAUAAAAGACCCCUUACGCUACAGUCGUUCACAAGAAAAACUUCCAGCCAAUCUCCUGAUGCUGGACGUAUUAUUAGUGAAGUCGACCGGCUAAUGGCAAAGAACACUUGUACGAACGAAAAGCUUUGUGAAUUCGAGCCCUGAACAUUCUUCACCGUGGCGGAUAAUACAUUGUUCGGGCAAUGUUAGCAGCAUGCGAGUAUAGCAAGGGCGCACUCGUAACCUUUUAUGCCAAAAUAAGCGAAAAGCUUCGCAGCGUUACACAAUGCGUCAGACGUGCCAGAUGUGAUCGAGAGACAGUCACUAAGACUCGACUAAUUUCCUGCGUGUCCGACUGAGCACGUGCAUGAACAGUCAGCAGAAGAGCACAGACGUCUCGCGGAUGCUGACAUUUUGUUUGCUGCGCUGGCCUGAUCUAAGGCUCUAAGGGUCAAUGACUCUUAGAGCCUUAGAGACCUGUGACAAAAGGCCAAAGGUCACGGGCAAUGUUGCUCCGGUUUUUAAUGAAACGUACACUGUGCUCUCGCAUUUCCAUAGAUGUUUGCGUCGAAGUGAGGAAUAUCGGAAGAUCCUCGACCACACCUUUUAAAAUACACGCACGAUCAAGCCAAAUUAUUAUUCACAGUUAGCGAGAUAUAUUCGGCUGGGCAGAGUUUCGUUACAGGGUAUACGACCGAAAGGAACUUCUUUACAUUGCCAGACAUGUGGUUCGAAUGGUGGAAACGGAUUUAAGCGCGACUUGGAUGAUUUGUUGCAGCGGCACCGAGACAGGCUGAAGGCGCUUAAUACCUGCGUCUGCACUUCGUUUGUGAAUAGGAGGCGUCAUACAAUCAGCGUAUAAUGCGAUUCCAUGACAAAGUAUGGUAUGACAAUUCAAUAAAAGUGAUGACAACGUAAAAGUGCUCUGGCAAGGUAAAAAAAAAAAAAACGACGCUUGCGCCAUGUUAAGGCGGCGGAGCGCGCAUUGUUGCGCGCCGCGCGAAGCUGUUACUGAUUUGCCCAGUGAGUCGCAGGGUCUUUAUACCCUUUGUCGCGUUAUAGAUGCGUAGCUGACGUUUUCUACAAGGGGCCCCGCUAAACAAGGCUAGUUUCAUUCGUACUUAUUACACCGUCGCUUGUACUGUUGUGCCACCUCAUUUGUGAUUAAGCUGUCUACGUAUAGCUCUCGCUAUUACGCCUUCACCUGUAUAUGUUGACCAAGCAUAAAAGCAAGUGCUUAUUUUCGCUAUUCCAAAUACUGUAAUAAAAUAAAACGCCCGCUGCA